UAAUUAAUAUUUGUGAUAGAAGUUAAUGGCUCCUCUACUCAGUCGUGUUUGUAGCUUUUGCUCCAAGCACAGCUCUGUGUAGAGGUGUUAUUAGUCACGAAAGUGUCCAACUUUUGUGACCUAGGCUAGGUGCUAAGCAUCUAUCCUAACUUCUGUUAUCACAAAUAUUCGUAAAUCCUUUUGGAGGGUGGCUCCAAGGGGAUGAAUCUUUGCCUACCAAUGUUUUGAUUCCUUUUGUUAUUCCUUCAUACAUUAUUAUUUUCAUUGUCAUUGACUUUAUUAUGUUCCUAUUGUUACUACUGUUUAAUCAAGAAGUUCAUUCUCUUUUGAAGAUAUCUUCCAGCUUAAUUCCUAGUAUUCCGUUCUAUAUUUCAGUUCUUUUGGUUAUAAAUUUUCCUAAAUUUUUGAAUUUUUUGGAGAUUAUUUGAUUAUUCUUUGGGUAAAUCAGUUUUGGGUUCUUAACGAUUGGUAUUCUGCUGUUUUAUGAUUCUUAUGUAUCCUUCUGUUGUUAUUACUACUAUGUUCAUUCUUAUUUCUUACUUCUAAGUUUUAAACUUAAUCGGACUUAAUCUUCACCAAGGGUUUUUGGAAUCAGGCAAAUUUUUCAUAAUAGGAUUUUAUUGGAAAAUUCUAGAAUAUGAAGUUUUGAUUGGAUGUAAUUUCAGUCGUUUGAUUUCAUUAUUAAGGGUCCUAUCUGUUAUCAUUAAAGAACCUCCUUGACUUGGGAUUGGGGUCAAGGGGUUUAUGUGUCUUAAUCCUCAUGUGUUCUUGUGUUAAAUUCUUUAUUCAAGUCCAUUAAAGUCAGAUUUAAAGUUUAUUACGAAAAUUCUUACUCAUUUCUGAAGGGUUUAUAAUAUUCAAAUUCCAUUUCAGGCAGGGUACUGUAGUUCUUGGUACAAAGGUAUUGGGUUAUUAGUUGACAUUGCUGGUUCUCUUAUUUGGCCUAUUCUCAACUUGAACUGAAGGGUUUAAAAUUUCAUAUAAACUUGUCCUUGUGUUAACAUUCAUGCUGAAUCGUGGAAAUUCUACCGAAUUUUAUGGGUUAAAAUUUGAUUCAACUGGCUUAAUUUUGACACUAUAAAAUGUUGUUUUUAGUGAAGAUGUAAGCCCUAUAAUUCCUUUGACCUCAUGGUUGCUGUUCUUUAUUAGUAUUAUGUGCUACGUUCAAAUUAUCAUGACAGAUGAAAGACUAAUUAUUAAUGAUUGAAGUUUACUCAAAUUAUCCAAUUUUUUCAAAUUUGCUAGGGAUCUUCCCGUACUUCAGAGAGAAGUUAAUAUACCCUUGAGGGUUUGAAGAAAUAUAAGUGGAACACUUGAAAUAGCCUGUGCUAAAGAAAAUUCUCUUUAUUGAUCAAUUGAUUUCGUCCAUGAGAUUAAUCAAAAAUAGACUCUGAAAGGAAUUCACCUACUUUUGACGGUACUUUCAUAUAUCUCCCAUCUUUGAAGGGUAGAUGUUUACAAGCAGACUCUUGGAUAGAUACUUAGAGGAACACCCAAUUGCUAGAUGAGAGCACUUUGUUCUAGUUCUACAAGCUAAUUAAUCUGAAAACUGAGUAUUUUAACCUUUCUGCCUUAUUUAUUGAAGAAUGAAGACUUUGAUCAAACUAUUUUGUCAAAAUAACUUUGAUAUUCCGGAAAACUUUGCAAUUCCUUCUGUUUAACACUCAUUUGACUCAGAGCCUUCCAGAAAUUACUAGCGAUGGAUAUAUUUAACAAAAUAAUUGGAGAAUUUUAUAAAUUUAAAAAUGACUAAAACAAUGAGUCCAUCAGAAUUAGAAGAGCUUAAAAAUUCGAAGAAAGUGACUGAAUUUGCUUACCUACUCCAACGUAAAUGACUCCGAAUGAUGAGGAGAUAUUUCAAGACUAGGUUUCAAGAAUGAGGAAUCUUUAAAAAUUAUAAGUAAACAGAUUCGCUGCCUCUCUUUUUCUGAUAUCAAUGAUGCAAUUAAGCAAUUUAUAGAAAUUGAGUUCUCCUAUCUUAGAUGCUUCCCAGAAUACAUAGAAUACAUUGGAUUAGAAAGGAGCUUGAAGAUUAUUAUUCUAUGAGAUAGAUACAAUAAGAAAGAAGAUAUUAUCUCUGGGCUUGAUUUCACAACCCUUAGGAACGUAUUAAACAAGUUCAACACCAGAAACCUCAUUAACUUCUUCUCAGAACAUAGUUAUGCACUUCUCUACAUCCAUUUCUACGAGUUUUUCGAUAAAAAUGACAUCUCUGCCCAAAAAGACGUCGAACCUGUCAAACUGAAUCAAGAAAUGCUGAAUCUGUACCAAGAAGCCAAUAAGUACACUUCCCUCCAACUCGACUCAUUCAGGACCUUCUUUACCACUCUUAGGCUCCAACCCACUCCUCACUCAGAAGAUGGAGUAUUUUCUCUGUUUGCCGAGAACCUAGACUAA